AUGUCUGCAAUCCCAUCCCACAGCUCCGCCACCGCGCGCGAUGCCACCACAAACUACUCCUACGAUCUCAGCAACGCGAUCUACGGCGCCUUCCCCAGCUGCGCAACCGAUAUCUCGCCGCGCAGAUCACGCGCCGCAUCUCCAAGUUCCGCGUCUGCAUCAAAUUCAUCAAAGAAGCGCAGCAGCACAGCCCGCAUGACUUCAAACACCGCCGGCACUGCAAACCCCAUUAUAAGCCGCACACUCUGCCGCCAAGCCAUAAGUCUGCACCGCGAAAACGCGCCCCCAACCUGGCUGCCCGCACCCAACCCCACCAGUCCCACCAACAAGCGCAGUGCACUCGCGCGACGCCAGCAAGGCCAGCAAGGCAUGAAUAUCCACGCGAGCACGUGCGUCAACCUCAAUGCCAGCGCCGAAGAAGAAAGUUCUGAAGCGGAUUUGUGGAUCUUGCCUGAGCUUGACGACUGGGAAGAAGACGAAACCGAAACAGACUCGUCUACGAUUUUGACGCCUUCGAGUUCUGCGGAGUUGGACGCCCCAAGACCGGCGGCUGGGGGAAUGGAGAAUAAGUGGGCUGGUGUUUUACGCCGCGCUGCCAACUCGAAUCUGGAGCGACUUCGGACGAGGAUGGAGGGGGAGGGGUGGGAUUUCGUCAAGCCUGAUGAGGAGGAUUUGGAUGAGGAUGAGGAAUUCGACGUCGUUAUUUGUGGCAAAGAGUAG